AUGACGAUCGUCUCAAUUAUCAAAACGAUAACCAGCGUUACAACAUUAUUUCGCUGUAAGCAAUCUAUCUAUCUAUCUAUUUCAUUUCAGUCUCUCAUCUAUCUAUCUAUCUAUAUAUCUAUUUCAUUUCAGUGUCUCGUCUAUCUAUCUAUCUCAAUUAUAUCAUCUAUCUAUCUAUCUAUCUAUAUAUAUAUAUAUAUAUAUAUAUAUCAGUUAUAUCAUCUAUCUAUCUCAGUUAUAUCAUUUAUCUACCUAUCUAUUUCAUUUCAGUCUCUCAUCUAUCUAUGUAUCUAUCUCAGUUAUAUCAUCUAUCAAUUCCAUUUCAGUCUCUCAUCUAUCUAUCUAUCUAUCUAUUUAAACGGUUCUAUCUAUCUAUCUAUCUAUCUAUCUAUCUAUCUAUCUAUCUAUCUCAGUUUGUUCGUAUUUAUCUCGAUUUCUCUGAGCCUGCUUCUAUCUAUCUAUCUAUCUAUCUAUCUAUCUAUCUAUCUAUCUAUCUCAGCCUUCUUCUAUCUAUCUAUCUAUCUAUCUAUUUAUCAAUAUAUCUCAAUCUGUUCUCAUCUCGAUCUCUCUGAGUCAGCUCCUAUCUAUCUCUCUGUCUAUCUCAGCCUGCUUCAAUCUAUCUAUCUAUUGGCGGGAGUAUUUUGUUAA